AUGGCUCGCUUCAUUCUCAUCCUCGCCGCCCUGGCCACCGCUGCCUUCGCCAGCACCACCGCCAACAAGGCCCUCGAAAAGACCCCCGUCAAGGUCACCGAGGUCAACUACAAAGUCGGCGAGGUCUCCAAGUGCAUCACCCUCUCUCAUCUCCAAGCCCUCGGCCAAACCUUCACCAACCUCAACGCCACCGGCGACUACAAGCUCCCCGAGAUCCCAACCACCUACAUCAACGAUCCCACCGCUUGCAUCCCCGAGUCCCUCUUCGACCAGUACUUUGAGCCCAUCGUCGCCAUCUCCAAGGAGCAGAACCUUCUUGAGUCCUUUGACGUUGAGAAGGUUCACGGCCGUGAUCUUGAGGUGCGCGCUCGCAACUGUCCUCAGAUCAAGGAUGCUGCUCUUGGCCGUGUUCACUCUUGGAGCUGUGAUAGUGCGCCUCACCCUAGCUCUUGCCGAUCUUGCGCAAACUUUUCUUCUAUCAACUUUGUGGCUGCUUGUGUUGCUUGUGCGGCUAAGGCUAAUCAGGAGAGUAUCUUUUGCUGUGCUGCUGCGGCUACUACCUUUGCUACCUACUACUCUCAGGUCUGCCUUGAGAAAUCACUUGGGCAACCUCGGCCGUCUUACCCCAAAAGGAUUAUUGCCAAGAUCAUCAGCAUUCACAUCCCUGUCAGCUCGAGAAUCAUUUCGGAUCCGAAACGGCCAUCUUUCAGAGCCUUUAUCAGGUGCCUCAACCCUGGAAAAGGAAACGGAUCAAGCAGUGACUCUAUGGGCACUCCUGCAAGCAUGCCACCCGUUUCUCAAGGCAGAUUACCGGCUGGUUUGGCGUCUACAUCAGCAUCGUCGAUGUCCGUACCUUCAGUGAAUGUCGCAGUUACCAAAGAUCCUCUACCAGAAAAUGUCUCGGUUGGAUGUUCAGCCUCAAAGGCUGAACAUGGCGACACCAUAUCGGCAACUGAUUCUGAAUACAAAGAUCAGCAAGUACGGUUCCGGCAACUUUGGAAGGAGGCAAUUGAUAAUGCCAAAGCAUCGAAAGACAGUGGAAAGUUGUCAGAAGUCAUUCGAGAGGAACAAGCUUCGGCAGAAGAUGCUGAAAUUACCCUGCCAGCCUUGAUAAAGAGACUGGAGACUGAAAGGAAGCACUUUGGCACACAGAAAAGGUUGGCUGAAGCGAUGGAAAGGAUUGUCCCGCAUCUCGAUCGAUUCGCUGUUGUUGGUGAUAUCCCUGUUAGCACGAAUCCCAACCCCGCUGCCCUCCCAUGGGCCGCUAAUCUUACUGCUGGGGAAGAGAUCAGAGGCAAGGUUGUUGAAGGCAUCGCCGAAAUCACUGUUCUAGUCUUUGAAUGCAGCGUUUACCACGAGCUUUACCUAGCUUCGCCGGCUUCAAAAGACCUUCCUAUCAAUACAAACCUACGUCAGACAAUUAUCGAUGCGCUGUCUCACUGUGUAAGGUUUCUUGGAUUUGCUCUCCGUCGCCAACAAGCAGCAACAAAGGCUUUCACAGAUGUCUUUCGCCUAGAGGAUUUUACUGGAUAUUUGAAAGACUUUCUUGUUUCGAAAGACAAGCUACAUGAUGCUAUUUCACUAUGUGAAAUGCAUCAUAGCUCCCAAAGCCGAGAUCAACUCAGGUCUUUGCAUAAUUUAAUGGUCGAUAUGAGGCUAGAGUCCAGUGAAAGGGCGGAAGAAAAGGGAACGCGAGUACAGGUUCUUGAUGACAUAGAACAAUGGGCUCACAAUCCCUCAAGUCCGACCAUCUGUUGGCUUCCAGGUCUUGCUGGUACAGGCAAGAGCACAAUUUCUCGUACUAUUUCUCGAAAACUAAAAACCAAAAGCCUCGGCGCCACCUUCUUCUCCAAGAAAGGUGCAGGCAAUCGAGGAAAUGGCCGACAUUUGUUCUCUAUACUGGCAUAUCAACUCGCCUUACACCUCCCUCCCAUCCUUCCCCAUAUCUUGGAGGCUGUGAAGGAGGAUCAUUCGCUAAACAUGGCACCUAUUCAAAUCCAGUGGCAGAAGCUGAUCCUAAAUCCACUUGUCAAAUUGCAAGCCGAGGGGCUUACCAAACCUAUUAUUUUCGUUCUUGAUGCGUUAGAUGAAUGUGACGAACAAGACCGCGGAGAGAUCUUUCGUUUGCUACUGGCGACAUGCCCGGGGAUACUGAGAGUCUUUCUCACCAGCAGACCAGAGCUUGAUAUCAUGGGUCACUUUGCCAAUGAACAGCUUCACAGAGAAAUCGUGCUUCAUAAACUCCAGGUUGGAACUAUAGAAUGCGACUUCCGUGUUUACCUCCGCCAGGCUAUGGAGAGUUUUGUGGUGGAAUACAAUCGCACUCAUCACCAGAAGCAUCUGCAGUUAUCUUCAGAUUGGCCGGGAGAGGAACGAUUCCAGUUACUGCUUCACAAAGCCCUACCAUUAUUCAUCGUAGCUGCAACUUUUGUGUGCAUGAUCUGUGAUAGACACUGGGCAAAGAGUCCUGAUUAUAAAAUUGACUUCAUCAUCGAUAAGUCAUCGAGAGUCAAUCCUGCGUAUGAGACUCUGUACAAGCCUGUCCUGAGCCUCAUAUUGAGCGGCGCGCCUGAUGAAGACCAGGAUGAAGUUGAAAAGAGUUUUGUGGAUAUCAUUGGCUCUCUUGUCUUGCUCGCGAGUCCACUGUCGAUAAUUCCACUAGCUAAGCUUCUGGGCGUUGAUACAUGGUCUAUAUCCAGUCAGGUCGACCCACUGCGUUCUGUGAUCGAUGUUCCUGAAGACGAUGGCCCUCUCCAGCUAUUUCAUCGUUCCGAGAUUACAUCCUUAGUUGAUAUCUGUGGACUUUUGUCACCUGGGAAGAGUCACUCAGACAUUGAACCAUUUACUAUCGAUGAGCAUUUGUCCGUAGAGAUCCAGCGUAUUCAUGACGACGAUGAUGCGUAUAGCUUCCUUCCCAUAUACCACUCCGGAACCAUCUUCAGCCCAAGAGCAAGUAUUGCUCCCACUUCACUCGAAGACCGUCACUACCCGGACUAUAUCAUGCAGCCCUCCAACAUAGAUCCUAACUGGCCACAAAGCCAAACUCUCCAGGUCCUUGAUGAAAGACUCGCACAAAUAGCCUUUCUUCCCUAUAUCAAGCUAGCCUCAAUUGGGCACAUGGGAGAACUUAGAAUUAGGGACCAGAGGUCAUGUUCUCGUCUGCAUAGCCUACGCCACGGGUUUAAGUGGGGCUUUGUUUGGAAUCUUGACAGUGGUGCAUGCGUUAGGAGUUUCCCCCUAACGCGUUGUUCUGGUGCUGAAACUAUCGCAUUCUGUGAUGAUCGCAAGUUUAUUUGCUCGAUCUGCACGCGUGAUCUUAAAUGUGUAGCGUUUAUCCAUAGCCUCGACACAGGGAAAUGUGUUUCUGACUUUGAGAUACCAGACAAACCCAGUCCUAUACUCUUGUCACCGAAAGGUCAGUGGAUAGCAGCUAUUGCACAGAAAUCUAUGCUUCUUUCAGAGUGGAGUCAUUCCACAAAGCCGUCCUGGACUGUCCUAGGACCUCAACAGGAGCAUGAUAUAGUAAGCUUCUCAAGCGACGGUACAUUGGUCGCUUCACUAUCAUCGACAUCGAAAAUGGUCAAGACACCGAUCGUCCAUGACCAACUGGCUCUCAAUCAAGACGGGUUGGUAAUCAGUCUUGAUAACUAUCGGACUCUCGUCCUUGACAUGAAGACAGUGGCCGUUUCCAAGACUACCCAGACAUGCAUAGCAGCUGCGAGUGGUGCACCGGUAUUUGCCAUAUUGAAAGACACAGCGGUUGAGAUUUGGGACACCAACCCUCUACGUCAUGUCAACACCUUCGAACGGACGUUCAGUUGUCUUGGAGAGCGUUAUUACUGCCUGGCCAUCUCUGCCAACGGUGAACGACUGGCUGUUGGGUCGUCAGAGCCAGGUACAGUUGAGAUCUGGGAUGUGAAAAAUGCAGUUCUUCAGCAUUCACUUGAAGUUCCGUUGGCAAACUUUUCUUGUAUCGCUUUUUCACCGGACGCUGCCAAAAUUGCCUACACUCUCUGGGAAACCAUCGAGGUUCGCUGUCUCCCUGGACUCGAAACACUGACUGUUGAAUCUGAGAUGAAUCGCGGAGUGUCAUUCAUACGCACUCUGACUUUUCGUGGUGGACGACUCAUAGGAGUAUAUAUGAACACCCAUGUGCAGGUCUGGGAUGCAUCUACAGGGAAAAGUAUAUUUCUUUUGCAGCCAUCUCCGGAGCUCCCGCUAUCCAACUUGGCGACCAGUUUUCUCAACACUGAUGCGGUUGUUCAAGGCGGUUGGGCUGGCGAUGACGUACUGGGAACAUAUUACAUUAAUCAGGACCCUGCUUGGGUUAUGAGGAAAGGUGAGAGGAUCCUCUGGCUGCCACCAGAUUACAGACCCGGGUCCGUAUACAUGUCAGGAACGGCGAUGGUCCUGGGAACUUUUUCUGGGCAUGUACCAUUCCUGUACCUGAAGGAAUAG